GGAGGGGAGAGAGGCGCAAGCAGCGCGGUCCGCGCGGGGGGGAUGCUGGGCUGCGCAGCACUUCAGUGUCCCGCUCAUCAGACGCGCGCGCACACACACGCGCACACUCGCACGGAGCCAGCUGCGCACAUCUGCCCGGGGCUUCGCUGCCUCCGCUGCACACGAGCCGAAACGCGAAGCCGGAGGAGGCGGAAUGCGGGAGGAAGGAGCGUAGCGCGCGCCCGUGCAACGUGCGGAAGCGCCUGGUUGCCGGAUCGCUAAGGGCUCCUCUCUGCGAAGGAGGGCUUCCAACCUGGAGCGGCCGUGGGGGGGAGGGGUCCCAGCUGAUGCCCCUUUAAUGUAGACCGGCAGCAUAAAGCCGAGAAGUUCCAGGACAGAGAAAGGAAAGGAGUCUCUCAGCCACCUGUAAGAAUGUAUCCCCUACACAGAGAAAGGGAGCAGCCGAUCUUUAGUGCCAGGGCACAUGUCUUCCAAAUCGAUCCAACAACCAAGCGGAACUGGAUCCCUGCCAGCAAGCAUGCAGUCACGGUCUCCUUCUUCUACGAUGCCAACAGGAAUGUGUAUCGUAUUAUCAGUGUGGGGGGCACCAAGGCCAUCAUCAAUUGCAUCGUCUCACCCAACAUGACCUUCACCAAGACGUCCCAGAAGUUCGGGCAGUGGGCCGACAGCAGGGCCAACACAGUGUAUGGCUUGGGUUUCUCUUCAGAACAGCAGCUUCACCAGUUUGCUGAACGAUUCAAGGAGAUAAAGGAGGCUGCACGUCUUGCUCGGGAAAAAUCUCAGGACAAAAUUGAUAUGGCCAAUCCCGCUCUGGGCAUCGCAGCGCCACAGUUCUCCCAGGACAUGUCUGAGGAUCUUCAAUCUCCUCCGAUGUGUAUUAAUGGCCCUGGAGAGGACAAGCUGUUUCGCAGCCAGAGUGCAGAUAUUACCUUGUCUUCUGAAAAGGAGCGCAUUAAGAAGAUGCUCUCAGAAGGGUCCAUCUGUGAGAUGAACUUGGAGGCGGAGCUAUUCACCCUGCAGGACAGCAAUGCCAAGCUGAUAGCUGCGCUGCAUGAAGCCAAUGCCAAUGUGGAGCAGUGGAAGAAACAGCUGGCAGCCUACCAGGAGGAGACAGAGAGACUGCGGGAGCAGGUGGCAGAUUUAGAAAGCCAUGGAGGAGGCCAUGGUCCCAGUGACUUGUUAAAAGAUGAGCUGACGCAGUCUCUGGAGGAAUUAGAAGCUCUACUGAAGGCAAAAGACGAGGUGUUGUGUUCUAUGUUCCAGGAAAUCCGCAUUCUGCAGAGCAAAAAGUCCAGUUUUCAGGAACUGGAGCAGGAAAGAGAGGAGACCCUUCACAGACUGCAGGAGCUGGAGAUUCGAAACGUGGAGUUGGAGCGACGGGUGCAGAAUGCAGAGCAGACUCUGGCAUCGUCUCUUGAGGACCGGGACCGGACUGAGAACGAGAUCCAAAGGUUAAUUGAGAUAUUGGACGUCAAGAUCUUUGAUCUGAAUGACUUACGGCAAAGCAUGGUCAAGCUGAUUGAUAAAUAGAAGAGGCAGAGUUCGACCCACCCGUAACUCUGUACAGCGAGAGCGGAUGCCCAGGGAGAGCUGGCACAGAUCAUCUCCAGCAGAAGCGCAACAUUGCUGCACCCGGACGAAAGGAAAAUCCUGUCCCUCCAACUGCUACUAUGUUCCACCACAAAUCAGUCAGCUACAAGUAAUAGUUCUUAAAUAUUUUAAAUGUAGACAGUAUAGGACGAGCAUAGGACAUCAGUAUUACACUGAUACUCAUUUAGGAUUUUUCUCUGUUUGUAUUUGUCCUUUAAUUUAUCUGUGAAAAGAAGGAAAUGAUUCACUACAGUGUUUUGCAGGGUCUAUUAUAAUCUAUUUAUCAGUGUUAUCAAGAACUCAAGCGUUAAUUUACAUAAUUAGAAGAUCUAUCGUUGCGCAUCAGACAUAAACAUGACAUCAAAUGUUUUAUUUUUGUUCAUCGUAGCACUCCAUCAACUAUGUGCUAGAUUAUGCAUUGUUUGUUAAAAUUUAGUCAUAAUAGUCAUAAUUUGAGAACUAAAGUUCCGGCUUCAUUAAUGAGGUCCUUGCAAUCAAGAAAGAAACGUGUGGCUUCCAAUAGGCUGUACAUGUACCUGGAGCAUCCUGUAACUGAAACUCACUAGUAGUGUAUGGCUGCAGUCGCGCGCAUUUUAAUAACAGCUUCCCAUUUAGUACGGUUCUUCUUCCCGUCAACAAACUUGAAAUAACUGUAUCUUCUCAAAACUGAAGAAAUCUAAUGCGCUUGCUGCAUGCUUACACGAGGAGCGCGUGCUUAUGCGAGUCUAUGGACGUGUAUACUUAAGACUUUUACUAAAAGUGAAAUUGAGGCUGUGUUAAGAAUUUAUCUUAGUUGUGAUCAUACUCAAGUGUUAAUAUAUUACAUAAAAAAUUUUAAUGCAGUUAAAAUGAAACACAUUUCCCCCAGAAAUCAUGUUUAAAUGUUUAUGUUGUACAUAUAUCAAUUAAGAGUAGAGCUUUUUUACUUGUGGAACAAGUGUAUUUGGUAAUCUUAAUACUAUUAGUUGUUGGCUUUCUGUCCAAAGUAAUGGUUCUUUCCUCUCUGCAAUAAAGCUGGUAAUUUAUUAAUGCAUUUAGAACAGUAUCACAGCCCAUCCUAAGACUUGAACCUACGACCUUUUUGUCACAAGUUCACCUCCUUACCCAUUAUUUUAUUGGCCUUCUUCUAGGAAAUUGGCUAUGGUUUUUAAAAGCAGGAACACCAGUGAAACUGAACAUGACUACAGGUAUGUAGAGGUGGAAUCUUGUGCUAGGACUGUUGGACGUGUACCAAAGAUCCACUGGCAAUACUUUCUCAUCUGUAAAAGAGCUUUUGAAGACUUAAUUUUGAAGCACCUGCUCAUCCAUUUUCUCAGCAUUGCAGUGCCAAAAUAUUUUUCACAUUUCAGUUUGAGGUGUGAUGAUUGGAAUGGGAUUUUCAAUAGUUUAUUAAUAUAGAAAUGUAGACAUUACCUCAGCAACCUGCAUUUGAUUCAUUUUAAGGUAGAUUUUUUUGAAAUUAACAGUGAAAUCUAUAUAGCUGUGUGUGUUUGUAUGUGUGCAGCCUGCAGAAAGCUGAGAAAUAUACAACCUGAAAUGUGUUGAAAGUGUGUUCAUACAUACAGUAUGAAAUGAUGUAGCUGCCUCAUGAAGCUAUUAAAAUCUGCUUUUACAUUAUUAUAGAUUAUAACUCAUUUCUGCCAUGAUUUUUCCAUAAGGGUAAAAAAAAAUAGAAACAUGGGCUUGGGGUCACAUGAGGUCACAGAGGCAAAAUAAACUAAGCAAACUGGUUCACAGAAAUAACCUGUAUCCACAAAUG